AUGUCCGACAGAAUUAGCAACGAACACGUCGACGUUAGCAAAUCACUUGCCCAGAAGAUCACUCUGCCUAAUGGCGUGGUGAUUCCAAACCGUUUCAUAAAGUCUCCAAUGACAGAAAGACUGUCUACGUACAACCAGAAUCCAGAUCCUAAACUCAGGGGUAUUCCAACCCAAGCCCUCAUCGACCUCUACAAGGAGUGGGGUCAGGGCGAAAUCGGGUUGAUCAUCGCAGGCAACACACCAGUAGCCGGUGAUCACCUUGAGGCACCAGCAAACCCUGUCCUUGGUAUUGGCUAUGACGAGCCAGCGCGUCUUCGAAAGUUCAGAGAACUUGUCGCUGCUUCCAGUGCCGGUGGAUCAGUGACUAUCUGCCAAAUCACCCACUCAGGCAGACAAUGUUAUGAGCAGGUAAACCCUCAUCCUAUUGCGCCUUCAGCUGUUCGUGUCGAAGGUGUCAACAUGCCAGGUGUAACUUUUGGCCAACCUAGAGCAGCUACUAUUGAGGAUAUCAAGAACAUCGUCAAGCAAUUCGCUUACACCGCCAAGCUCUGCAAGGAUGUAGGAUACCACGGCGUUCAGCUCCACGGUGCUCACGGCUACUUGUUGUCUGCUUUCCUCGGCAAGCACACGAACCGUCGUACAGACGACUAUGGUGGAUCUUUGGAGAACCGCGCACGUAUCAUAUUCGAGAUUAUCGACGCGAUCAGAGAGCAAGUCAAGGAUCCUUCAUUCAUCCUUUCUAUCAAGCUCAACUCGCAAGACUUCAACUCAGACAGUGGUCUGACACCUGAAGAGUCACAGAAGGUCUGUCAAUGGCUAGAUGAGAAGGGCAUCGAUCUCAUCGAGUUGUCGGGUGGUUCAUAUGAACGUUCGGCUUUCUCUAACUCAGCACCAAACCCUCGCGAGGCUUACUUCAUCGAGUACUCCGAGAACGUUCGCAAGGUUAUCAAGAAUGCAGUGGUAGGUGUCACUGGUGGUUUCCGCACUGCAAAGGCUAUGUCUCAAGCUGUUGAAUCUGGCGCUACUCAGAUGGUUGGUUUGGCUAGACCACUCUGUGGAGAGCCACACCUCUGCAAGGAUAUCCUUUCAGGCAAGGUUUCAAGUGCAAAGAAGACGCUCGUCAACCCUCUCUUCUCACUUCCCCUUGCAGGCACUCAGCUCACUGCGGUUGGUUACAACGACAAGCCAUGGGACGCAUCAAAUGAAGAAAGCGCUAAAGCUUUUGAGGCCAUUUUCGCCGACUACGCUAAGGACUUUGGCGUUGACGAGAAAGGCAACCCUAUCAGACCUGACAAGGCUGGUGUUGCAGGUUUCAUGAAACUUGCCUUGGACAAGCAUGGUAAACACUAUGGUGUAUCCCAACAAGAGCUUAUCGCAUCAGCUUAA